AUGGCUCCUAUUGCAACCUACACCAUCACUUCUUCUGAUCCUGAGCCUGCAGGGUUUAUUUUACCCGACCUCUUCAGCGAUUGCCGCUACCCCCUGCGCGUGAAUCCUCAUUCUCACCAUGUCUCUCGCGCAUCUGAAGAAUGGCUUUUCACCGAGGCGCAUAUCGUAGAGCCCGAAAUUGCCAAAUUUAAGGCCUUGCGCAUAGGUGACUUAAUUGCAUCUUGCUACCCUGAUGCAGAUGCUUCCCGUCUCCGAAUCGUCUUAGACUUCCUGAGCUGGGCAUUCAUCGUAGACGACUACCUCGAUGAUCGUGAUGUUGAUGACGUGAGAGGAAUGCGUGAAUGUUGUAUUUCUGCAUCACGUGAUCCAAUCAACUUUCAGACGGAAAACCCUGCUGGAAAGAUUUAUAAAUCUCGCUUUAUGGACACUGCUGGCCCCGGCUGCACCGAGCGGUUUAUCCACAUAUUGGACUUGUUCUUCACUGCUGCAGCUAAGGAGGUGGACAACCGCGCGAAAGGACAGAUCCAUGACCUUGCAUCUUACACCACCCUGAGGCGAGACUUGUCUGAGCAAUCGUGCAAUGACACAUAUGUCAAUCUUAUUGCCAUCCUCAUGCACGAGCAAGGUCUAGACCUGCAAGGCGCUGUCGAUUAUUCUGGUCAGCUGUGUAAAAGUGCCAUCCAGCGCUUUGAAGAUAACCAAGCUACCCUUCCCUCGCGGGUAGCUAUCUACAUUCAAGGAAUGCAGGACAUGGUCGUCGGUUCGUUGCACUGGUACUUUGAUUCUGCACGCUAUUUUGGGGAGGAUGGGGAGACUGAAGCGAGACCGAUUCAUGAAGCUACUUCCCAAAAGGCCCUUGUCUUUGUGUACUAUGUAGAACAGUUUGAAUUGUAA